AUGGCUGGAUACAUUGUUGUUUGCCUAUUUGGCUGCCAGCAUUUUGAGUUUGCCACUAAACCAGCCACUUCCGUUGACCGCCUCAGUCUGCCCGUUCCUUAUGUGACCAUAAACUACACAUACAUUCCAGCAGCAUGUUUCACCGCCGAACAUUGCAAGAGCGCCAUGCGGGAUAUACAGACUUACCAUCAGGACGACCAGAAAUGGAGUGACAUUGGAUACAAAUUAUUUUGCUGCAACUUUGCAAUAGGCAGUGAUGGUGUGGUGUACGAAGGACGAGGCUGGUUUGCUGUCGGUGCACACGCCUACGGCGUCAACAGCCGGAAUAUAGGCAUCGUUUUCAUAGGAGAUUAUAUUUAUAAGUAUUAAAGAACUAGAUAAGUGGACUUUUUGACUGUGUAGUAAGUACAUCUAAAACCUUAGUGGCUUGGUGGUAUAGAGAUAUCACAGACCUUAUAUUACCGGUAAUGAGAAGAUAGCAUUUAUUUAUAAGCAACAAUAAGCUGUCUACGAAAACAAGUGACCGCGCGGGGUACGGACCCCACCACACUCCAUUCGCUCCAGUAGGCGCCACAAUGCCGCACGCGUCUUAAAUAAGAGUAUUACUCGCGAAUAUCAACUUUGUGUCAGUUUCGUGAGUGUCAGAAUGGCGGGUGUACCUAAAUAAAAUUAAAUGAAAACCAUACCAUAUUUUUGUACCUAAUUGGUACUAUUUAGUACCUCCAUUAAAAAAAAUUGUACCUCACGGUACUUAAAGUUAUCACCAAUAAACAGUACACCCGCCAUCCUGACAGUCAGAAUGGCGGGUGUACUUUAUUACGCUAUGUUCCCGUGGUUAUUGAUAAAUUCUAUAAAAGCCAAAUUUUUGUACCUUCAUAUUCAAUUAUAAUACGAGUCAUUUUAUUUGUGGUUUCCAAGUUUUACUCAUUUUAUAUUUUGCUUGCUAUUACAAUUUUGCAGGCGUUAUAAUUUUUCAAGGUAUCAAUUUUAUUUUUAAGAAAAAACGCUAAGGUACAAUUAUUUUUAUUACGCCAGGAUUUAGUACCUUUAAUAUUUAAUCUGUUAAGUUCAAAUAACUCAGUAAAUCAUGUCUCCUCAUCACAUAUUGAUUAGUGUUGAGUAUGAGUUUGUAGUUUGCUACUAAACGAAAUUACUAUUUCGGACGAACUUUUAAAGAAAAAUCCAAAAAAUAAAUAAUUAACUAUGCCAUUUAGUUUCCUUAUAUGUUUUUAUUUAUUUAUUUAACACAGUGCAAGCUUACAAUACUACACC